CCAAAAAGAAAAGUAAUCCAGGAUUACGGCAAACUAAAGAGAGAAAUUCUCAACAAAUUACGUGUCGCGAAAACUGUAGAAGAACAACUUAUCCAGUUUUCAGAUGUUACGCGAAAGUUCGACGAAUAUCCCGAUCCAAAUUUAAUCUGUAAUACGUUGUCAUUUCUCGCGGAAUGUUUCAGAACGUGUGAUAAGAAUGAAAUUCGAUACUGCCUUUUAAAAGUAUUCAAAGAAACAGAAAAAUACAUUAAGCAAACUGAUAGUGCCGCUCUCGACCAUACGGUGAAAAACAUUUUUUACCCUUUGGAAAACCGAAGCAAUGAUACUGUGGCCCGUGCAAUAGCUCUGAGGAUCCUUGGCUAUUUAUCUAUUCUAUUAACAGAUCGAAUCGAUAUUCAACAUGGAAUACUUCAACGUCUAGAUUCUACUUUUCCGAUUGAGGCGAAUGCUGCCAUAUUUGCAGCAGAUAAAUUGUGCGCAAAAACCGAAAAAUUUGCUGUCAUUUUAUGUGACCAACUGGAAACAAAACUUCAAUCCAAUGACUUACCGAUGGCUUUUAGAAUAAAAUUAAUACGUAUAUUACGUAACAUGCAUUGGGAAAUAAGCCUAGCUCAUAAGUCAAGAAAUUUAUGCCUUCAAAUGCUUGAGCAAACUUCUGACGGAAUAAUGCAGUCAGCCAUUUUGAGAACGCUGACCUUAUUAUCUUGUCGUGCACUUGUUGACAGAUCCGAUCAAGUAGAGCUAUUGAUGGAAUAUGCACUUAAUGGUUCAAAUGAAUAUGUGAGAAGCAAUGCAUUAGUUGAUUUAUUAAAUUUGGCUAAAAAAGAUUCAGUUUUCAGUGUUUCACAUGCCUUGAGAUUGUUAAAUUUAGUAGUUAACGCGCCAGAACAAGUCAUCAAAGUUAAGGCAUUACGUAUCUUGACGGUCUUGAUUAAACGUGGAAGGUUACUCGCUGACCUCUUAUCACAGGGAUCUGAUCAAGACUUAUGUAUAGAAGCUCUUCAUUCUAUUCAAAAUUGUGAGGAUAUGAUCCACCAUAUUACCGGUGAAGUGAGCAUAAUUGCUGCUCAAUUUUGUACUGAACUUAUUAUAGAAACACGACGCAUUGUAUCGCGUACAGAUAUUUUAAUUUGGAAAGAAUGGAAUACAUACAUUGGAGAACUUUCUUCAAAAAUCCAAUCGUCAUUCCUAUCGAUUAUUGUAGGAUUGAUGCAGGUCGCGGAUAUAAAUGUAUUAGAUCGUGAUACACAUGGGAAAAUUAUUAAGAAGUAUCUUAAAUUUCUUUUUUCAAUGUGUUUAUCAGAUGAUACCAUGGCCUUAGAUGUAUCAAGGUCUAUUAUUAAAGUAAUGCAAGAAUAUAUUACAACGAACAAUGACGACAUUCUUGCCGAAGUGUCCAAAUUUAUCCUAAUGGUUGGUAAACUCAGGAAAUCAAUAAUUCAAACGUUAAUGCAAGAUUUAAUGGCAGUCCUGAAAUCUAGCGAGCUUUUGCAAAUGCCACGAUCGUUUACUCUCUUGGCAAAAACUGCAUUAAAAGUCCCUCCUGAAAAUAAUACAGAAGCAGAAAGUUUCCAACAAAUGAUCAUUGCAAUAAUUAAAAAUUUUGGUCAGUUCGAUGGGAGCACUGUUUGUAAUAAUCAGUGGAAUAUUUAUCUGAUUGGUGUAGACUCUGGUAAAUCUGGAUGUUUCUUUGUCAUGGCGAAUAUUAUGCAAUUUUUUGUUACAGUUGUUGAUGUAGACGCCUCAAGAUAUUGGCUUAGAGCUCUAAUUAAUAUCGCAACAGCAGAAAAAGGAAUGGUUAUGAAAGUGGGCAUAGAUCAAAUGUUCGAUUUGCGACCAGGGCAAGCAGAUAUUUUAGAUACAUUUGAAGAUUCUAUCCGUCGUUACGCACAAGGUGACGAAGAAUUAAAUGGAUUUAUGGCAUUAAUGGACAUCUCCAGUCAACGAUUAUUUGCAAAAUGGUUUUACCUUCUUCGAGUUGAGUUUUUUAAGACCAUGAAAUCCUUUUUGGAAAAGUUGAACCAAUAUAUGAAUCCUAGAAUUAGACGUAAAAAAAAGGACAUGGUUGAUAUUCAGGAAAUGUUAUUAAGAACUGCACACAUGCACGAUUUCGUAGCACAUUCAUUCUUUGAUGUUGAUAAGAAAAGUUUGGAGAUCUUAGAAUCAUACAGGAUUUGCUGCCUAAUAUUGGUAUAUGCCAUAAAAAGUCUUCUUACUGGAGUUGAACCAAGCCAAGAACACAUUGACCCUUCCUUGAUUCCAUUGAUUCCAAUGAUACGAUAUGUGAAUGCUGAUAUGAAUGGCUUUACCAACUCAUGGAAGGCAGGCGAGAUAGAUCAGCAAGAAAGAUUAGCAUUGUAUACUCAAUCCAUUCAAAUAUUGAGGGAAAUUGAACAGCAUAAACUUCAAAGUGCACCGUCGAAUCCAGUAUUAGUUGUACGUGACUUUGUACGUGCCAUGUUAAAAAUUCCCAUGAAAAUUCCACCAUACUUCUUUGAUAGACAACAAAGAACACGUAUCCAUUGGCUUGACGUCCCGUAUUUUAAGGGAAACAAUAAACCAAUUUUGGUUCAAGAAAAACUCGUUCUUAAGUUGGAAGGAAUAGUGCGAUCAGGUUAUGAAGCUGUAUCAAAAAAAUUGAAAAGCAUUGAAAUGAUCAUCUUUGGAUCAAAUAUCGAUUUCUUUGAGAAAUCGAAUCCUGAGAAUUCUUUAUUAAAUAAUUUAAAAUUUUCAGACGUAGCAUUAAAUUAUAGAGAGUUUGCCACAAAAAACGCCGAUUCAUUACAAACUUCUUCGGCCGUUGUUUGUAGUGUGGAGAUCAACAAUAAUUUUUUUACAGCUUCGGUUAUCUUUCCGUUUCCAUUAGGUAAAGAUGGUUUUAGGUUUAUAAAUGUUCAUACCAGAGUUGUUGACGAUCAAUCUGUCAUGUGGACGAUCGGACCUGACUUGAGAAUAACGGCUCCUCUUGUUAAUAAUAUACAACAGUAUGAUUGA